UCUCUAGCAUGGCGGCAUGCUACGGGCUCAGAGAGUACUGAAAUUCCCCUUCUCAGAGACUUUUAAACACUUGCAUGAAGAAACAAAAUUGUGUUGCCUCUGAGACAAAGUUAUCAACUUUCGAUGAAAAUCGUUCCCGAAGUCGAGAUCGUUUCAGGGAAUUGGUUAUGUGCGAUGAAUUCAAUUGUCGUUUUGCGUUUGUAGCUUCUUGACUGCGUUCGACCUGACGCGUUAGUGAGUUGCAAAGGCGGAGCAUAUCUGUUCUGGAAAGUGUAGUGGAUUGCGUUGGACUAAAUUUACCACAACCUCCUGGAAUCUUAACGGUGUUUGCAGGACUGCUAUCUAAAAGACAUGUCCGGUGAGUGAAAGUUGUUGUGUUGUAGACUUGCAUACGAUGACGUGCUGUACUGUAAGUCUGCGUAUGAACUUCAAUUGUAUUUUUACUCCCUCAUAUUCGUGCUCUAAAGUUACCCUCCUCAUAAACUGCUAAAGCCCCCUUUACCGUUGACUUUUGUCCCAGAUUGCUGCUUUUUGAGCCCGAUAAUUUUUUUUCUUCCAUGUUUUGCAUUCGUAUGUACCAGUCUAAGGGACGCCAUUUUGUGAUGAAGUCCAAAGAUUGUGGCGCGUUCCAUCUGAACCCUAAAUUCUCUCCCACACUAUACGAGGACACGCGAGUUAACGGUGAAGAAAUAAAGUGUUGGUCUCUUCUUUAUUAUCGAAAUGAUGAAAGGCUUUCUCGCCGUACCUUUAAAUUCGAAAAACUACUGUCGCUUCGUUAUCUUUCCUUUUAACCCAACCGCGGCCAUUCAUGUGUUUUGUUGCCAAUAACAGUUGAUUUUUUAUUCGAUGGGCGUAACAUACUGUUCAGGAUUGGAACAUGUGUAGAAGAAAAAAGUGCUUCUAGUCAAGUACUCCAGGCUAACGUUUUUCAUGGAUAAAAUACACGAGAAACUUACGAUUCUUCAAAUGUGAACAAAGGCACGAACCAAUAGUUCUAGCGAUAUGAAUAAUUACUGCCAAUGACAUAAGAUGGCCGAUGCACGGUCGGUGAAAAAUCGAAAAAGAUGAUAUCAUUUUAGUGCGCGAAUUUUAUUUUGCAUUAGGAACUGGUCAGUUUUAGGUUAAUGUCUACUGCAUUGCGUGUAUCCGCAUAGAUAUGCACUUCGUUGAAAUGUUCUUCAUCCAUUUACCGAGAGAAACAUCUGCGUUCUUAGCGAUUUUGUAUUAUUUAUGAAUGUUCAUUUGUUGUUCUAUCGGAGUUCCCCCAGCCACGGUUGAAAUCUACAACCCCAGGAUUUAGUGUCAGUUUCAAAUUGGAAAUCUACCAAUAAUGAUAUGCAUUUCUCUGUGCUUGCUUGUAAAUUGUCGGCGAGGCUUCAGUUCAUAUGAUUCGUAGUAUUUACCAUGACGCAUGCAAGCCAUCAGCUGAGGCCAUCGUUCGAUGAGCGAAAACAACAGAAACAGUCUUAAUCGUAAAAAAGUUGGAAGUGGUUAAUUUUGCUCAAAAGUUAUCCAUCAGGUCGACAACGCCUUGCAAGCGCUGGGUCACUAUGGAGGUGAAAUGAUCGCCACAUGUGCUGUAAAAUAUAACUUCCCCCAAUUCAAGUUCCAAAGAAGAUCUCCGUUUGUUAACUUGUUGUCUUCGAUUUUCAGGACGAACCAAAAGAGGCCCUGGUAGACCUAGAACCUCAGACAGCGCGGUGAGUCAUUUGACAUUUUAGGAAUUUUUAGAAAGAUACAGUGGUCCAUCCGACAACUAACCUUUGAGAUAUUUUACCAUGAUUUGUAUUUCCUAUAAUGGAUCUUUUGUUGCCCUCCAAGCGUUGCCUUAGUGAGUCUCUUCCUGCUUGCAUUUCAAUUUUUUGGGAUAAUUGCCAGUGCUAGUGAAUUUGUUAUGCUUUUUAGAGCCUUGAUUACAGCUGUAGAUUCCAGAUUCUAUCAUUGUUAGAAAAGCAAUGUAAUGAGCUCCUGUAGAAAAUAGCUCAUAUAUAUAUAUGUAUAUAGCUGGUACAUGAUCCUCGACUUUCUAGCUGCAUGGAAGGUGAUGUUAUGCUUUCGGGUAGUUUGGAGAAUUGUUUCUUAUUUGCUUCUUAAAUUUGCUGCUAAUUUUCAUUCAGCCAUUUCAAGAAUCAGAUAUUUUUUUAUAUCCAUGCUGGUGUUUGCAGCUGUUUUUUCCUUUUAGGCUUCUGUUUCAUAGGUAAUAUUGCUACUCCCAGUAAAUUAAGGGAAAUAGGCUUAAAGUAUUUCCUGUUGAGGUUUCAUAGGUGACUGCAAGUACGUUGUUAGGAGAUAAUGCACAUAUAGGAAAAAUUACAAGUUUCCAUACUCAGCAUGGAAUUAACUUCAAAAUUUAUUGAUGUUCAUCGGUUUAUAAGCCAACGUAUGGCAUUCUUUCUCAAGAAAGAUCAUAACAAUCCAAUACUUGUUCAAGACAACAGGGUUGUGAAAAAUAUUAUUGUCAGCUUGAUAAUCUUUUUGUUGUGUUUGGUAAUUAAAAAAGAAAUAGCUUUAAAUAUUUUUUGUUCGGUAGUCACAGAUGUCUGUUUCCAUUAUGAUUUGAAGAUUUCCUUGUCAUUGUUAGAAUCAGACCAUUUAAAUUACUGUCAGACCAAAUUAGUCGGCAGGCAGGCAGCAAUUUGCUGCCUGUUACUCUAUUUAUCCUGUUAACUGUUGUGGAACAUUUUGACUGAGGUGUAUUGUACAGGAAGCAUAGAGGAAGUAAUAAUUGGUAGUGCUUUUUAGAGGUGUAUUCAUUUUAGCUCAGGAAAUUGUGGAUGUUUUCCCAAAAAAUGUUAUACACAUGUAUUGAAAUUCCCCUCUACAUCUGCACUACAAUUUUGAAAGGACUAAGGUAAUUUUUCAGAGAAAGGUUUCAGUAUGAGAUAGAUACUGUUCAACUGAUAAUUUUAUACAAUGUAGUUAUUUCCUGUUGUUUACAUCCCAUCCACUGAAUUAGGGCCAAAAGCAUGCCAGCCUUAGCUUGCGAUUAAUUUCUUGUACAAGUGGUUUAAAAUCUCAGAAAUAAACAGUGUCGUUCUCCUUGUUAUUUGUAAUUUUAUUUACUUAUGUUACGUUACUGAAGUUUUGUCUAAAUUGAUUUUAAAUUAAAAGCUGGUUUCAAUUCUUGAGAUGCCCUUUUUCAUUUCUUAAUUUUAUGUAUUUUAAAGGUAUUGUCAUAAUACAUUUUUUCUGGACACAUGAUUUUCUUCACCUUUGUGUUUGUUUAGUCUUGAAACAGUGACAAAAGCAAUAUUUAUGUACUUAAUUUGAGGUUCUUCAGCCAUUACAUAAGUGCAUUACAUUUCUAUCUCUUUUAUGACUCUUAAGCCUUUUUUUAGUAGCAAUGUGUUCUUAAUAUGCACUAACAACAUUAAAAAAGAUUUCUGCUUUGUCUAUUCUAUUUUCUUGGACUCUUUCCUACAGUGUAUCACCUACAUUGUAAACUGCUUUAAGCCUGUGUUCUGUGUUCCACUGCCCUUACUAACAGCAUAUAUUACAUUUGAAGAUAGUAAAUGAUAAGUAGUCAAUGCAAGGGGACGAAAGUGUCUGGACCUUGCCAGAAUGAGACUGGUUCCAUGGAAUAAAGUAUGCACAGUAAAAAAAAGAGAUGUUUAGAAAUUGAAAAGGAGAAAAAGGCAAAAAAUGUCAAUUUGGGUGUAUCUAAUAUUUGUUCCAAAAUGUUUUUACUCCAAAACACCAAAAUUUUCCCAUUCAAAUUACUGUACUGUAGUUUGGAGCUUCUCAUAAGCAACUGUGACCACUUUUUGGAGAGACUAUUUUAAAAUUUUCCACUGCUUUGAACCUCCUGUUGGCACCCACUUGAGUCAAGGUCCAAUCUGUGUGUAAUGACGUGUUAUUUACUACACUAUGUGAAGAACUUUUAGUGAUAGCUUGUAGCUAAAAUAUUGUAAUGUAGAAAUUGCAUGGAGUAAAUUCUCCUUCAAAAAGUAUAGUUUUUGUGUCGGAGCCUCCACUCAGAAAAGGCCACCUGUAAUUUUAUUCUUGGAUUGGACCAGCUCCUGUAAGUGACGACUGAAUCUUGGCAUUUUAGGUGGUUGUAGUUUGGGAGGUUGGUGUGUAUUUUUGCAGAAAGGAAGCAGUACACUUUUCAAGUUGGGAAUAAGAUUAUGGAUUGUUUGACUUCAAUUUAUGUAGAGAUUUGCCAGAAAAUGGUUCCAAAACUUUCAAAUGGAGCCUUUUGUGAAAAAGCUGUUUAUCACCGGAUUUCCCGAUUCUGGCUUUUGUCAUGUUUCAGUUGUAGUUACACAGUGUAUAGAUGAUUAAUAUUUCCUUGCUUAACAUGUUAUAAUUCUCCUCUUUUUUUGUUGUUACCUUUAUAAAACAGCAAUCACUGAGUCCUUAUCCAAACUCGCCAUUAACACCAGACUCUGAAGAAAGUUUCAUCAUGAGUAUCAGAGAGGGGGGACGUUCCACUAGAGUGCGAAACAGAACAAAACCUCAGCCAGCCAAAAAGACCAGGGUCAAUGCUCAGAGGUAUGUAGUCUACAACAAAAACAUCAUCAUCAACUACAACAGUCUUCAUUUUCUUAAUUUCUCGCUGAACUGACCCACAAUGCAAGUGUGAGUUCACUACAUUCAACUGUAUUGUGUGCACUUACUUGAAAUACAUGUAGACCCCCCCCCUGGGGAGGGAAAGGGGAAAUUUGGUAAAUUGGGUAAAUUUUUGCUGAGUAUGUGCUGCUGGCCUCUCAGAGCCCCUACUCCAUUAUAGUUUAUUCUGUGACCAAUUAUAGACCCCAUCAUAGUCACUUUUGGGCAAAUAUGUAAUUUUUGCGAUCCCAACUUAGUCACUUUCUAUUGUUAUGAAUUGGCCCAUUUUAAAACCGAAUGAAGAACACUUUACUUCCCACCUACAGCCAAACAUUCCGGUGCGGUUGCUAACCAUAAAUAUGAAGUACUGUCUUACCCCGAAAAAUAAAAAAAUAUGUGUGACCCCAUUCUAGUAACUCUAUUGAAAAUGCAACCCCAUUAUAGUCAAUCCAGUCGUGAAUAUGCGACCCCAUCCAUCCGCAGAAACACAGGCAGAGUCAUCUAAACUUGACCUUGUUAUUGUCUAAACUUAAAUUGGUUCAGUUGAUUAAAGUGACGGUUUAUCCGAACAACUGACCAAUUAUAGACCCCAUCAUAGUCACUUUUGGGCAAAUAUGUAAUUUUUGCGAUCCCAACUUAGUCACUUUCUAUUGUUAUGAAUUGGCCCAUUUUAAAACUGAAUGAAGAACACUUUACUUCCCACCUACAGCCAAACAUUCCGGUGUGGUUGCUAACCAUAAAUAUGAAGUACUGUCUUACCCGGAAAAAUCAAAAAAUAUGUGUGACCCCAUUCUAGUAACUCUAUUGAAAAUGCAACCCCAUUAUAGUCAAUCCAGUCGUGAAUAUGCGACCCCAUCCAUCGGCAGAAACACAGGCAGAGUCAUCUAAACUUGACCUUGUUAUUGUCUAAACUUAAAUUGGUUCAGUUGAUUAAAGUGACGGUUUAUCCGAACAACCUUGAAUGUUUCAUAAUGGCUGAAUUCGUAUUAGAAGACAGGAAACUCGUCAUAGACAGAAUUCCGUCAGAGAAAAUACUGACUGAUAAGAAUUUAAGGAUGGUAAACCGUCUUAGAGUUGUGACCUAUCCCUGCUUUUUCAACCCAUAGUUUUCCAGCUGAUACAGCUAAAAGCAAUCUAAAUUGUCAGUGCUCCAAAAAAACAUCAGUGUUUAUUAAUUAGAGGGGCAGAUCCAGAAAAUUGAGAAAGGAGUGGCCGGGACACUUGCCAGCCAUAUAAAUACUAUUUAUUUUAUUAGAAUUCUUUAAAAAUAAUACAAAAUUUCAUGACUCUCUUCUUGGGUGCCUUUUUUUACCCAGUAACGGUAGCUAACUUUCUAUUUCCAUUCUUUUUGGGUGCAAGUGCAAAAACUUCAUCUUGAUUUUUGUGUCUCUAAUAUGACUUUGGCCAAUUAUGUACUUGAUUUUGUGUGGAAAAAAAAAAUGGAAAAUAUACUUCUUGGUCAUUGAACUUCCUUUCUUCCACAGUGGAGUUUUUUUGCUUUAUGAACCAUUGUGUUUUUUUUAUUUCUGUGUCUCUUAUUUCACUUUAGUUUGCUUUGUAUUUUUUUUGUAGUAAGUUGAAAUCUCCUAUCAAAUCCUCACCCAUUGGUUCAUGCACUGGGCGCACUCAUGAGAAUCAUGAUAUCAGUAUGGAACAUGGAAAUUUGAUGGUAAGGAAAGUUUACUGUGAUACAAUUCUUGUGUGCUUGCCAGUGAUAAAUGUAAAAGAUUUUCUGUAGAAGCCCAUGAACAAUUUUUUAUAUAACCUAUAUUUUGUCAGAAUAUUAAAAUUGUGUUGAUUUUUUUGUGUACCACAGGACAUGUCACCUUACUCUGUGACUUUACAUGGAUCAGGACAAUUGCUUUUUGAAAAUUUAACAUCUGAUGCUGUUAGCCAAAAAACAACAGGCAUAGAGGAUGAACUGUAAGAGCUUCUACUUUAAUAUUAAUUUUUUGCUAUCUUCAUUAUUAAAAAAGGCUUGUCCUCGUACAAGUACACCGUAAGAUUUGUUUUGCUAAGAUUUUUGGAUGGCUAAUUUUCAGACAUUUAUUCUUGUCUGAAACUCAAGGUUCUGCUCUAAGAAAAAAUUGAAGGAUAACACAUAAUUUCUUUGAAAACAUUAAGAUUUCCUUGUUGCACAAGAGCAAGAGAGGCUUGCAUAUGAUUCUUGGAUGACAGUGGUCAACUUGACUUUUUAACUGUUUUUUUUGUUUUUGUUUUAGAGCAAGGAGCAAAGUUUGUUCAUUCUGCAAUUGUGGUGUGGAGAUGCGUAUGUUUCAUGGGAAGCUCCAGAGAUAUGCACCAACUCCAGGCUUCAAUCCCAGCAAGAGACUUCAAAGCAGACACCAGCGACAAAAUAGUGGCUGCGAACCAUUUAGAGACAAGCUAGACUUAGAUCCUUUUGAUAACAGACCUUGUGUUGAAGAGCAGCGCGAGCCUCAGCCUAUUAUAACCCGACGUGGUCCUGGGAGACCCCCUGGGCGGGGCAGAAGGAAGGGAAUUGUUGUAGUUGGUUUACCUCUAAGAUCUGCUAAUCAGGAAUUAACAGUUGAUAAGACCUCUUUUGGCACUGUCAAAGAAAAAGAUCUGAGCGAUAUUUUUGAGGAGGAUGGCUACACAUGGGCUCAUCAUUGUUGUGCAGCUUGGUCUGAAGGAGUUAGCCAGACAGAUUCUUAUGAUUUAAUAAAUGUUGAUAAGGCUGUUGUCAAUGCUUUGUCAGAGGUAAGAAAUUAUCUUACCUACUUUCUUUAAUACGUCCUUUUCAAGUUGGGUUCUUGCUGAUACUCUGACAUUUUCAGUUGUGGAAUUUACAUGUAGAUCUUGCAACAUUGUAUUAUUGUGUGGAGUGCUCUUAGCUGCAGUCCUGAUAAGACUUGGUGGAAGUUUGGCUUAUUUGUGGCUAUAAAUGUUAUUGCUUAGUCUUUUGUACUGAUCUGUUGUACAUGGGGAUUCAAAUGCAAAUGUGUUCAAUUUUACGUUUCCCCUGGUUGAUUUUGGUAAAGUGUUGUGUUCAUUUGCAAACAAGCUCCAGCAAAACUCAAAUCAUUUUUUAGAGAAAUAUAUAUACCACAAAUUUUGACUGUUUUAUUACAGAUUCAUUGCGUUUAUAUUUGAAAUUAGGGACCUUAAGCAAGGACGACGACAAUGGCAAUGAAAGCGUCAGUAAAAAAUUAAUUUGCGUUCUUUCAAACUUAAUCGCAUCUAUUUGGACCCGCUCAAUAUGUCAAAUGCAGGCAACUUUUCCGGGAGUUGAAUUCUUAAGGAUUUUAUUCAGGUUCAAAAAGAUGACGGAAAAUUCGUCGUCGUUAUGUCCACGUCCUCCAUAAAACGGCAAAUUAGGAGGUUUCACAUUGUAGUCGUGUAGUGGACAUCAAAGAAAUGUACUAGAAAGCGUGAUGCACAAGCAGAGCUGUUGUUUUGACCAUGAAACCUAUUGUUUUUUUUUGAAGUCGUCGUUGUGGUCAUUGUCGUAGUUGCUUAAGCUCCCUAUUAUGUCUGUCAUUCAUAAACAAUGGCUAGUACAAUAUAACUACUCCAACGUCCAGUCAGUGUUUAUGACUGGAUUCCAGACAGAUUUUAUGUCAUCAGUAUGCAGGGCUCGAAGUUAUCUUUUUAGUGCACUUGCAAAGUUUUGCUAGUAAGAUAUUUUUCCACUAGCAAACUGGUGAGACCACAAGCAAAUUAUUUCCCUUUGUUUGGGAGACAUGGAUAAUUCUAACUCGNAAAGAAAUGUACUAGAAAGCGUGAUGCACAAGCAGAGCUGUUGUUUUGACCAUGAAACCUAUUGUUUUUUUUUGAAGUCAUCGUUGUGGUCAUUGUCGUAGUUGCUUAAGCUCCCUAUUAUGUCUGUCAUUCAUAAACAAUGGCUAGUACAAUAUAACUACUCCAACGUCCAGUCAGUGUUUAUGACUGGAUUCCAGACAGAUUUUAUGUCAUCAGUAUGCAGGGCUCGAAGUUAUCUUUUUAGUGCACUUGCAAAGUUUUGCUAGUAAGAUAUUUUUCCACUAGCAAACUGGUGAGACCACAAGCAAAUUAUUUCCCUUUGUUUGGGAGACAUGGAUAAUUCUAACUCGCAAUCGUUUGCUAGUGGAUAUUUUUCUUACCCGCAGAUUGUCAAAAUCACUCGCAUUUUGCGAGUUUGCGAGCGUUAAUUUCGAGCCCUGGUAUGGAAUUGCUAUCGCUGAGCCGCAGACGUUCCUCCUCCCGAAAUGUCCCCCAGCGGUGAUGAGGGAGGAGAAAUGUCUGUUUUUGCAGGCCAUUGUUGGCCAUGUUUUUCACUUUUUAACAAAUGGGAGUUUGCACUGUCAUAGUGCAAGAUUGCUGUCUGAUACCCCAUAAGGGCUACAGAACAGGACUUUGAUUUUGAUCUAUGCUCAACCAUACGAAAUGGAAUUCUUUUGAAAAAAAUUAUUUACUAAUAAAAAAAAUUAUCUACUUACUAAUUAAUUGUUGACCUUGUUGUAUUUGUCCUUUCUGCAGCAAUGUAAUCAUUGCAAUCGAUUUGGUGCAAGUGUUGUUUGUCAGAUUCCACGGUGCGGCAAAACAUAUCACUAUCCCUGUGCAGCUAGCAGUGGCUCCUUUCAGGUUUGUCUAAUUUAUUCAUUUUGUAUAUGUGCAUAUAUUAUUAUCCUUAAUCUGACUUAAUAGAUCAAUGGGUGUUUUUUCAUUUGCAUUAGUGUAAGAAUUAAUAAUAAAAUUAUUGUUUUGUACAUACUUUCUAGGACAUUAAAUCCAUGACAAUGCUGUGUCCAGAUCACUUGGAAGAUGCAGGACGUCUUGGUAAGACCACUCUGGGUUGCCUCUGUUUCUAGAGAAUUGAAUUGAAUUAAUGGUUUCAAACCUUUGUAAGUUCGUAAAUAGAGUUUUCAAAACAGGACAUUUCAUUAUAUUCAUAGCAUAGGUUCCUUUCAUCUUUUAGGAUAGUCUAUUGCCUUUAUUUCAUUAGUUGUUUUUUCUAUGUGCUUCUCUACAUGAAGUUGGUGUACUUUUCUUUUUUAAUGAUCUUGCAACAAUUUUUUUUUCAGCGGGUAGUGAAGCAGAGUGUGUCCUUUGUGGCGAAGCUAAAGAUUUUGCGGAGCUAAUUUUUUGCACAAGCUGUGGCCGUCAUUAUCAUGGUCGCUGCUUGGAACCAUCUGUUGAUUUGACAUCUGUUAUCAGGAUGGGAUGGCAGUGCCCGGAUUGUAAAGUUUGUCAGGGUUGCAGGUUUGUUUCUACAUUGUAUUUUUGCAAACCCAAAUUAAGUACGUUUUAGAAAAUGCAGAAUUUUUCCCAGAAGAGAAAAAACUGACCUAAACUUACGAAGGAAGCUCGACAAUCAAUUAGCACCACGGCCAACAAAAUGUUAUAACAUACAGCAUUACUCUAAAGGGUGCCAGUUUCUAAUUAGCACUACUUCUACUGCCCCUGAAAAAGUGCUGCAUGCUCCCGGUAACGAUGCAGCAUUACUCUUGACAUGCUUAAUGUUCAAUUGGUAAAUGUAGGCCACUGUGAAAAUAACAUAUUACUCUCAAAUUACUGUUGAUAAUAUUACAGUCAACUCCCAAUAACUCGAACCUUCAAGGGAAAUUGAAAAAAAGUUCGAGUUAUUGGGAAAUUAAAGCAAAAAAUAGGGAAUAAGAAAACAAGCAAAUGGGAUGGUGAAGGAAUGCAAGUAUCAUGCACACUUCAUCUCACGGACCCUCGACAAAGCUUGAUUAAUUAAUAUACAGGGCUGGGGCCCGUUUCUCGAAAGUCCCGAUAAUUAACGGGCCCGUAAAGCUGUUGUUGUUUACAUGCAAGGUAAAGGUUUCAAUAGUUUUGCAUCUAACAUGAUAAAACUAUCAGUUAAUGAAACAAAAUGGAGUUGUUUGCUAGCGAGAACCCGGGCUCUUAUUCUUUAUAUUUUGAUUUGAAAAUUCGAUUUCGGGCCCUAAACGUUACCGGGGCUUUCGAGAAACGGGCCCCUGGACACUAAUUGAACUGGACUGAAAAAAGGUAAAGAUAAAGAAAACGCAGUUGUUUUGAAAUAAAUUCAAUUUUUUGGACUGUGGUACCCUUCUUUUUUACUUUUCACAUGUUAAAACAUGGUUUGAGUUACUGAGGGUAAAAUUGUAUAGAAAGGAUAUGAAGGGAAACAAAGAUUACUUCAAGUUAGCAGAAGGUUUGAGUUAUCAAGGGUUCAAGUUACAUUCAUUGUUGGAACAAGACAAAGCAAACGAAAGAGAGGUUAUGUGGUACUGAAUUAUUCACAAAUAGAAAGACUUAAGUAAAUGUCUUCUUAAAAUGACAGUGAUAUCUGUGUUGAGUUGACAUGAAUGAAAGGCAUACCAGUGUCUGCUUUGUAUGGGACCCUGCAAAGUGAAUAUAGUGAGACAUAAAACAGUUUUUACUGUGAGUAGCUUGUGUACUACAGGUUUUGUCAAAGACUUGGUAUAUUAACUUUGAACAUGAACUUUGCAGGCAACCUGGUGAUGACAAUAGGAUGUUAGUUUGUGACUUGUGUGACACUGGGUAUCAUACGUACUGUUUGGAUCCACCCAUGAGUACUAUACCUAAGACAGGAUGGAAGUGUCUGGUUAGUACCUAUUAUUACCAUUCUUUCAUUGAAAUCAUCAUUUUCGAACCUUGUUGAAAAGUGGAAAUUUGGGUUGUAUUCUUGUGAGGGUUUAAAAGUUAAGGUAAAAUUUGAUUGUUUUACCAGGGGAAGGAAAGUCCGGUUUUUUUCAAAUAAUCAUUAGAUUUGAGAAGCAGAGGAAUAAAGGGGUUAAUUUCUAAAGAAUCUGUGGUGGUGCAUCAGUAGGGGAAUGGAAUUAUACAAAGAUUUAGUUUUAUUACUGAGUUGGUAGGGUAGAUUUGCCAAAGCAUACAAGCUGAUGUUUCAGUGCUAGCCCCUUCAUAAGAGCCAUUUUGCUCUGAGAAAGGGUUAGUGCUUAAAACGUCAACUUCUCUACCUACCCAUGGUGGCCAAUCUGCCUUAUCAACUCUGUUGAGAAAACUAAAUCCUUGACAAACAUAGGGCUUGAUAGAUCAGUAUUAAAGUGUUUUCAUAAAGAUUGUCAUACUAAGAUUAUUGCGGUAGUUGACAUAACUGCGACAUGAUUCUGUUUAUUUCCUUAACAGAGUUGUCGUCGAUGUGAAGACUGUGGGUCAAAUACCCCUGGAGGAGGACCUACAUCACGUUGGCAUCAUAACUUCUCUGUCUGCGACAGUUGUUAUCAACAGCGUAACAAGGGCCUGUUUUGCCCACUGUGUGGGAGAGCCUAUAGACAGUUCACUGAUGUUGCUAUGGUACAGUGUCUUUCUUGUGAAAAGUGGAUUCAUGCCAGCUGUGAUGAUAUUGACAAAGAUGAUUAUCAAAAGUAUAAUAGCAAAGAUCUUCCUUACUUCUGCCCUUCCUGCAAACCAAAGAAAGGUUCUCUACAGCUAUUGGUAAGCAAGGAUUUUGUUGGUAUAGAGUGUGUUGGGCAACAUUAGGGAACUUAAGAACCACGACGAAGUUCACAACGACGACGUCUGUUGACUCAGAAAAGACUGGAACGAGAACGUCAGUUUCGGCAGGAAAAAGGAAACUUAAGAUGCAGUUGGUCAGUAGGUCGACGAUGACGACACUGAAUGUAAACACAAAUUUAAAACUGUUAUGUUCGUUCGCAACAAAGUUCUUUGCAAUGGCAUCUUUUAAAACAAUGCAAGAUCUUAUCUUUGAAUUUUUUGUGUUGUCUGACCUUUUUGCAGGGAAAAACACCUGCUUUCCGUACGAAGAUUAUUCAACUUUCAACCUGAAUGAGAUGACUGAGUCCGAGUGUCUGUCAGAGUGUAGAUUUGGAAAAAUAGACCUUCUGACGUGAUAGCUGUUUUCCAUAUAAAGUUUAUUUCCUUUAUAUUAAAGAUAUAUGAUUUGCCGUACCUAAAUACAUACAAAUAAUUUUCUUUAUCACUUACGAGUUCGCUCGCUCGGCCUCCACAGCUGUUGUCAUUCUUCGAAGUAAAAAUAAUUCAUUAGUCGAAUUUUCAAUCAACAUUGCUUGUUAUGAGAAAAAAGGAAUGAUACCUGGAUUUACGAGGAUAAGAAAAUGCAAAGGACUUCAAAAAUCACUUAAAACAGUGGAUUUACACCUGCCGAAACUUGUGGAUUGCAGGACGACGUGAUUCUACUUGGCGUCGCCGACGACACCAUGAUGACGAAAUUUACUGGUCGUACUUGGGCAGUACACUGUAACUCACUUCAGGUCGUCGUUAUGGUUCUUAAGUUCCCUAUUGUCAUUAUUGUCUUUGACUGUUUCUCGAUAGUCCUGGUAAUUACUAGGCCUAGAAAGCUGUUUUGUUCACAUUCAAGUUCAAGGUUUUUUAAUAUUUUUGAAAGUUAUGUAAUAAAACUAUCAGCAUGCAAAACAGACUGGAGUGGUGGGGGGAUUGGAACUGGCAGUACCCUAUUUUAGAUUUUGGGCCCCAAAAAGUGAACAAUUCUUUGAGAAGGGGGCCUUUGGGCUGAAUAGAAAGAAUUUUAGCAAAACUUAGCUAUAACCAAAUGUGUUGAUACUUAAAAAAAGAUGGUGAGUCUGAGAGUCUUUUUUCAUGGCCAUUUAUUAUUUUCAUGAAAUGUUAGAAUAAUAUUAAUCCAACAAAGCUUUUUCUUACUUUGAGUAAUAAUACAUUCUUUAUUGUUGGUGGUUGCUUUAGGACAGGAAUCAUGGAAUUGAGCUUGGGUUUAAUGAUCAGCAGCCAACUGAUGUAGACAUGUCAUUUGACAACAAUCCUGAAGAAGACAAACGUACAUUGACGAUUGCAGCUGGGUGUAUGAGCCCUGUUAACAUGGACGAUGACCUUCUGCUAUCUUCCAGUCUGGAUGACUUAAAUCCUUUACGACACUUUGAUCCUGUGCUGGAUGUUACUGACACAGAAACCAUUCCAAUUCCCAACCUUGAUAACAUUGAACCAGAGAAAGUUCAGUUAAGUGAGAAACUCCCUGUGCCACUAGAUGAAGAAAUGGAAGUAGUUGUAAAGCCCGACCAUGAACUGGACAUGUUAGCAACAUCUGCUGAUCUUUCAGACUCCUGCUCAUUGCCUUCAUUUUCAGUGGUUGACAGACAUUUGUCAGAACCUAAAGCACCCGCUCCCAGCCACUAUCAACAUCACAACUCAUUUGUCACCCCACCUAAGAUAUUAGGAAAAAGAAAGCUGGCUCCUGGCAAAGUCAAGGUUUGUCAUUAUAAUGUGUCACAAAGUUGGAAGUGGGUGUUUAUUCAAUUUAGUUAGUGAUGCUUAUUUCACAGAAUUAAUUUUUUCAUAUUUUUCUGUAGUCUAAGACUGGUGGAACUCCUGCACGGAAAAAGUCAAAACAUGGUAAACCAGGCCGACCACCAAGCAAACUGAAAAGUAAAGCUGCACCUCAGACAUCACCUGGCAAGGAAAAUGUGGUGAGUAUAGUCUCAGUCUCUGUGUGGUUCAAGCACCCAAGAGGGGUCUACAGUGAAAAAUUAUAGGUAAGAAUGAAUGGAAUGCGCAGAAUGCAAUUUGAUCACUCGCGUUUGGAGCUUCAGUCACUUGUAAGUUGAUCAUGGGCAAAUCUCAGCAUGGGAGCAAGAGCCUUUUGACUUUUGAUCGAUCUCGCCCAUGCUCCCUAACUUUUGGUUAUCACUAGUUUGUCAAAAUAAAUUACGUGCUAUAGUCAUGUGCAUGUGUUAGCUUUGGAAUUUGUAAUUGGUUGUCUUGUGUAAUUUUAUCCUUAGUACAUCUUUAUCUCUUUUUACAGGCAAGUGCUUCAAAUGCUGUAGAACAGAACAACAAGGAAGAGGAAUCAGAGAGCCUUCACACCACCCUGGUGCUGUUCUCUGCAGAUGAUGAAUUUACCUCCAGACAGGACAUGUGUCUGUGCUGUGGCAGUUUUGGUAAAGAUGCUGAGGGACAGCUAAUCAUGUGUUCCCAGUGUGGCCAGUCUUACCAUCCUUACUGUGUUAAUGUUAAGGUAGUUACAAACAUUUACAUUUACAUUGAGAUUUUCUGAUCUGUGGAUCAUUGUUAUUCUUGUUCUUUAGAAAUGAGAAGGGAACUGGGACAAGUUAACUUUUGCAAAGACCUCUGGGACUGUUAUAUACUAGAGAUAGGAAAAAAAAAUGGACCAAAUAGCUAACCAGUCAGUGUGUCCCCAGUAACGAUCCCAGAAAAAAUUGUGCGACACAUUUUAGCUCCAGAUCCCUUCUUGUUUCUGUUUUCAUUUCUUUUUAGUAAUAAUCAAAGAUUACUUUGAUCUGUUGACAUUAUAUUUUCAAUGUAUCUUGUUUGUAUUUAAUAUUAUGUGAAGUGGUAAGGAAGGCUAUUUUUCACACCUGAAACGGAGUCUAGAGGCUAGGAGUUAUGCAAAUUAUUGGUUUAAGCCUGAAAUGAAACUGCCUUUUUUAUAGAUCAACAAAGUCAUCUUGACCAAGGGCUGGCGUUGUUUAGAUUGCACUCUUUGUGAGGGAUGUGGAAAGGGAAGUGACGAGGCUCGUCUUCUGCUGUGUGACAGCUGUGAUAUCUCUUAUCACACAUACUGUCUUGAUCCUCCACUGGGGCAUGUACCUCAGGGGGGAUGGAAGUGCAAAUGGUGAGUGACAGGGCUGUCAAUAAGGGCCAGUAGCCGGCCAAACCAUCGGCUAGUUUGCUCUCCUUAGCCGGCUACUUUCAUCUCCUUCUUCCAUAACUGCUAACAAAAAAUAAGCACCAUCAAAUAAAAUUGUUAAGCAUCCGUUUCCCAGUUUUGAAUGACAUUGAACACAUAUUCUAACAGGUUUAGAUCUGUGAAACAUUCAAACCUUGUGAUUCGUUUGGGACAUUUCGACGGCAUUGUUCCCAGUCUUGUGUUUAUUCUGACCAAACAAAUACCUUGUGAAAACCUGUGGAAACGCCAUUUCCAAGACUCUAAUUUUCAACAUGUCCCUAGCUGCCUCGACCCUCAAGAACUUGUGCCUUUGGUGCGAUUUCCAAAGCCGCCUGCUAUUCAUUAUCAGCCUGCUACUUGAAAACUUUUUGACAGCCCUGAAGUAAAUUUGGAGGUUUCCCUUGAAAAUGUAAAGUAGGUGGCAAUAGAUUUGAACAAAAUAAGUGGAACAUCAUUCACACGGUUUAGACCUGCACGUGGGUAUUGGAUGGGGAUUGGCCACCUACCCUUGGGAAAAUAUUUAUUUUAGGGGCUCUAAAAAAUGCAUUUUAAGUGACCAGUUGAAAGAAUUUCAGCCUUAGUAGUAGCAUCUUUAUUCACCUUUAUUCGCCUUAUCUUUCAUCAUCUGUUUAAGUGUAAUACAGAAGAUUUAUUCCCCUCUUAAAAAAUAUUUUGUGUGAGUAACCGGCACUUCUGUGGUGACUAUAUAUGGCAAUUUUUGCUGGCUGCCAGACCCCGGAUCUUUUGGGGAACACAUCUGAAUGAAUGACAUUUCACAAGCUUUGCUUUUUUAUCAAGUGUUUUGGAUAUGUGACAAUUAUAGAAAUUUUUGCACCUCCUGCUGAUCUAUCCUUUCUUUUUGUCAGGUGUGUGAAUUGUUCUGACUGUGGAGCUACAACACCAGGGCUGGGGUGUCAGUGGAUGUCAAAUUACACUCAGUGUGGUCCAUGUGCCAGUAAAACAACAUGCCCUGUCUGCAAGAUCAAGUACAACACCAAUGAUCUCAUGAUACAGUGUUCACAUUGUGAAAGGUAUGUUCCAGAUUUACUGAGAGGAUGCUACCAUAUUCAUUUAUGCUCAUAAGGAUUAUUUGUCAGUUCUUUGUGUGGUAGCAGGCACCAUUGAUGUAAGCUGUCCUGGUGCUGGACUUGCUUCAGGGACAAGCUGAGGAUUUUGCCUGGAAAAUAAUCCUGCGAGCCAUGGCUGCUUUGGCAGAAACAUGAUAAAUUACAUGCACCUUGAUGACACAGGAAAACUUUAAUUCCCUAGUUUUCUUUGUCACUUUGAAUAUGUGUUAGAUUUGCAACAGAAGUAGCGAAAUUUUCAAUGUUAUUUUUCUUCAACAUUUAGGUAUACAUUCCUUAUUAAUACAUGCAGUUAAAGCAGUGUUCGCCCUAGGUACUAAAGGCUAAGCGGACUGCCUGGCUUAAUUCACCAGAAAAUUGUGGCCGCCUUGCUUAAAAACCAAAGAUUUAACUGAAUGGAGGCUUAUGUCGACAUAUGUCGGAAUGAACCAUUGUCUGGUCUAUUUAUUUGUGUAUUUUCUCGCAAGGUAUUGAUUGUAAAAGUGGUUUACCAUUGGAUGAAUUUGUUCAAACCUGUGAUGCAUUCAUUUUGUUGAGCAACAGCCAUCUUGAAAUUGUUCGAGAAACAUAAUGGCCCUUCAAGAGGCUUGAAACGUGGAGUACGGAGGGAAGUUCCUUCACUUGCAGUCAAUACAAGAUGAGCGGAAGAAAAAUGAGAAGCUUGUCAAAGCAAAUUGAGUUUUUUUUACAAUUCAAACUAAGUUCCCAAGUUGAUAAAUUUUUAUUUAGGCUACAGCAGGUUUUGUGCAAACACUUUAAAAUCACAGUCAGAGUACCCUCUGGCCUUCCCAACAUCCUGGGGAGAACACUGAAAAAACAGUGUCUGUUAAAGGGGUGUCUGUAGUAGUAAGCCAGUGAUGUUAAUUAUGUCAAAAUCCUAAGGGUAAUCUCACAGGUAUGCUAUAUUGAAAUCUGCAAAUCUAACUUAUGUAUUUUGUAUAGAUGGCUUCAUGGCUCCUGUGAUGGUCUUGUCAAUGAGGAAGAACUGGAUUGCGCAGCAGAUCAUGGAUAUCACUGUUUGUAUUGUCGACCUAAAACCAAGAGAGCACUUGUUGGUGUUAGUGGUAUGUCUUAUAGAACAACUCCACCUGCUUCAAAUCCUUUCCUCUCCUUCUUAUCUUCUGCUGGAACUAACUCAUUGCAUGGUUAGUAAAUGUAUCACUGUGCAUCUCAUUAAGAUACCCUCUGCCAGCAUUCCAGACCUUAUGCCGUAGAUUGUGUCAAUAAAUUCUAACAAAAAAGAUUGCUUAGCCCUUGAAUUUGUUUUAGCUUGGAAUUCAGUAAUCGUGAAAUUAGCCAGCCUUCACUUACUCAUUUCCGUUGGAAUACUGCUAUAGUAAGUCGUUAAAGGGUUUGUAGUUAUAUAAACCUUCUUAAUGUUAGAGUAGAGGGUAUUUAAUCUCCAAUUAAACUUUUCUUGUUUUUUUUUUGUUUUUGUUUUCCCUUAUUCCUUUGCCUGGUAUUGUAUAGCAAGCAAAAUAUAAGUUACACUGUAGGUAAGGGCCCAGUUGUUCAAAAGGUGGGCAGUGUUAUUCACAGGAUGAUUGCUUUUCGCUUAGUUCAUUUGUAAAGCUUAUGUCCUGUUAACAUCUCAAAUUGUUGGGUUUGUUUAAGGACGUUAGCGACUGUCGGUACUUUCUUUCUUUUGUUCAAAGGUCCCCCAUCCCCGAAGGCCACAGUCUUGCAUCAUUACCGACCUCAGUCUUCACUGGAUAGUGACACUCCUGUUCCCUCCGGCAAACCUCUGCAUCCUUGUCAGAGACGAAACAACAAUUUAGUGGAACUGAAGUUAUCUAGCCACUUCAAUAAAAUACACAUGUCAGAACCCUUUGUUGGUAACAAUAUUGAACUGACAGAAUCUGGUGUACGGCACAUGAACAAGCUGAAGCUACCACCUGGAGGCGCCAGGAGACGAGUGAUCAAGAACAAGGUCAAACCUAAGAGGUUUGGAUUACCAGUUAGCCCUGUCAAAAAGAACAGUUUUACCACGGGACACAUUCCAGAGAAAGAGGCCAUUUUUAACAGAACUUUCACUGAAGAUGGUGACACACUCAUGGCUAAUGAAAUGGAAAGCCUUGGACAUCAACCUUCUUUAGUUCCUACUAAAGUCAGUAGACCUAGGCAAUCUGGUGUUGGUAGACCAGGUGUUGGUGGCUUUGUGUUACGUGGUCGUGGUUCAGGAGGGAGGCGGCUUGUUGGCCGAGGUACUCGAGGAACUAACAAGAGGAAAGUUCCUGUUCUGUCUAUGUCAGCCUCACGUGGACAGUCCCAUUUUAACAAUCAAGGAAACCAUUUGCCACGGGUAUGUUUCAUUUUGCGUCAACUCCAUUUUUAGAUAUACCACUGUUUUAUUACUUAGAGUGUAUAGAGCGCAAAUCUUGAAUAAUCAGAAAAACGUACCUUGAAAUAAAAUUCAUUAGCUCAUGCUGUGUAUCAAAAAGUGCCGAAAACUAAACCUAAAAGUUAACAUCCUAUAAAAUUCACCGACAUUCGCAGAUUUGAUGCCAGUAAUGUGAGAAGCAUUAAAUUCAACUUGGAUGCUGUUGUCUGUUGUAACAACAGACUGAGAAAUUAUUCCUCGAAAUAUUUUUAUUUAAUUCAUUUAUAAACCCGUACAUUAAUCCUUAAAAGCAAUUCGCUUUGCUCAAACUUGGCUUGUGGAUCCAUUCACUCAAUUAAAAUCGACUGGGCACAUAUCAAAAAUUAGUCAUCUCAAAUCAGGGCGCUCAAGACAAUCUCAAAGUGUAUAAAACGUCUAGGAUGAAAUAUUUACAAAAACAUAUAUUUCCAUUUAAAAAUAAUUGACUGUAGAGUACAGAAUGUACCUGAAAAUUCUUCAAAAACUUCGCUGCUUGGUUCUGUUGCCAGUUGUGUUUCAAAACAGGCUAAGCACUCCAAUCGGCUGCAAUGAAAAUUUUGUGAAUUUUGAGUUCCUCAAAGGACAAUUUUGCAAAGAAGAACCUUCCCCUGUCCACUAAAAGAAAACUAACGGUAAGCGUUCUUUUGAACUUUUCCUUCCCAUCUGUGUCUUUUAGCAGUGUAUUUUUAACCUUGAAAGGUGAAACACUGGUCUUACAAACCACCACCAUUGAACUGUCCCACUUUUGUCUCACUUUUGAAGAUUUUUGUUUAGGCCUCAAAUUUUCCCUUGGACCGCGUGACCAGAAACACUUGGGCUGCGCAGAAUAAUGAGGCCUAGGGACUAGGCAAGGUCGCUAGGCACUUUCACCUCAGGCCAAAAUGCUGCUUGUUCCAAUGAAUUUUGUUUCUGAAAGGUUCUAUGUGUUGUCUGAGCAAAUGUGAUUUUGGCGCUUGUUUCAAACUGAGAAGUCGUGACACACAUAUUGAUUUUCUGCAGUUAUUGUUUCCAGUUGGCAUGAUUUGCCCUCCUGAUGCAAGAAAAGCUCUUCAUUGUGGCUAAAUAAGGGUUUAAGAUUGUUCAAUUUUCUCCAAAGUGCCUCCUGGAUAGACUGAAUAACUAAAAGCGAUUUUCUUUUGUGUGGUGGUUUCCGGCCAUGUUUUGUCACACUUGUUAGUGUUUAUUGCAGGAUGUUUUAAAAAUUCUAUCAGAUAGUGAAUCACAGUUCCAAAUUUCGAAGAAUGAAUUGCUGCUUAAACUGAAGCAACCUGUUUACAAGCAAUUAUUCAAAUCGCGUGCUAUUGCCAACCAAAAAGGUGAUGUCAAUCAAACCUGUCAACAGUCAGUGUUCUGGCCAAUAGGAACUUGCAUCAGAAUCUGGUGUACAGUGGGUGCCGUGGAACAGUGGUCCCAAAGGGUGUUGUUCAGCCCUUCCCAGUUUUCCCUCUUGCCAGUUCCCCACUCGACCCAAGGCCUGUUCACAGGCUGUUUUAUAGUUGUGGGUUUGUACCCUAGCCUUUGAGGGAAUGUGAGGCUGAUCUUGGCCUUGUUUUGAUGUAAAUCUACUUUGUUUUCUUAUGGAAAUUAUGCUUGAAAAAUUGUACUUAGCAUAAGAACAACAAAGUUUACACAAGAAAGCAGGAAUGUUUGUAUCAAAGCAAGAUCAACUCCAGCCUUGUUUAUAUCUGGAAUUAUAACUAUAAAAACUAUAAAAUGGCCCAAUUCAAAUGCUUUGUUUUCUUUUCAUCAGUCAUUUACAAGUGGAUUAAACAGUCCAACCAAACAGCCUUCUUUCAACCACUUAGAGGCCUCAUUUAAUCUUGGCAGUAAUGACAGCUGGGCAGCUGACAGUAGUGAUGAAAAUGGUCUGCAAGAUGCAUAUCCUAAGUGGAUGCAGGUAAUCUACUUUCAUGAAGUUAGAGAAUUCCAUUCAUCACUUUACAUUCAUCUCAGAGCAUGUUAUGAGAAAUAUUCCUUUCUCAAUUCAACUGUUUUUGCUUGUUUAAGGAGGCUUUUUUUGGCAAAGACUUGUUGGACACAUUAGGCAAAGAUAAGAGAGUGAAGCCUAGUGGCAAAGCAGUGCUUACCCCUGACCAAGGGACAAAUAAAGACCCAUUUGCACCAAGACAGGGCUUUGUGCACCAAGAGCAACAAGGCAACUCAGGCCAAGUCCCAUAUCCACUGGUGACUAGUGAAGAGCAGCAACAGACACUUUAUCAGCCAGGAUACCAGAGAACCAGUAGUCACUCUACAGCGCCACAUAAACAACAUACAAGCUUGGGCUUAAGUGAACAUGAGAUGUAAGAAUGUUGUAAUUAAUUGGCUUUUAUAAAGCACUCUCUUGAAGUUGAGGUGUCCAUACAUCUAUUUCACAUGUGGGCAUAGUUAUUUUUGUGCUUAUAUGAUGGCUGUAAUAAGCCAGCAGAUGCCAUCAGUGUGUUAGUAGCCAUUGAUUGAUAAAUUUCACAUAGGAAUUUUUUUCUGGUGAGUUAUUUUUAAUAUUUCCAUGGUCAAAAAGCUAUUUGAUAGAUGUACAUGAGACCUGCAGAAACAAAAUCAAAUGAAGAAUGAUCCUCGCAGUUUUGAACACAAUUUAUGCAAUUGCAGAAGAACCCUGAAGAAAAUUCAGGACUUAAACAGGAUUUGAAUCCGUGACCUCAUGAUACUGGUGCGAUGCUCUAACCAACUGAGCUAUGAAACUCAACAUUAGUGGCUUCAUAGCUCAGUUGGUUAGAACAUCGCACCGGUGUCACAAGGUCAGAGGUUGAAAUCCCAUUGAAGUCCUGUAUUUUUUUCAGGCUUCUUACGCAAUUGCAUAAAUUGCGUUCACAACUGCAAGGAUCACUCUUUAUUUGAUUAAAAAGCUUUUUAUGAUCCUGGGCAAUUCUUACUUUCAGUGAAUGUUGUUAUGGAAAUUAAGAGAAACUUGUUAUGCAUACAAUCUUGUAUGUAUUGUUUACAGCUGGUCUCCAUCUCAUGCCCUUAAUUUGCCUGAAGAGGUUCCUAAUCCUGAUGCACUGUACAGGUCACUGGAUAUGUUGACGGAUGAUCUACCACCAGCAACACAGAAUGAUUCUCACUCUGCAGCAACCAGAGGUUUGUGUUGCUUAUCCUUUUCUGUCUUUUUUUUCAGCAGCCUACAGGACCUCUUUGUUGCUGUGAUUUGUCACUCUUUUCAUGUCUUUUACCAUAACUGUAAGCAACAAUGCAAUCCGCGGCUACUCUCACUUGGAGAUCAUAUUCAAUUUACUUAUGUCAUAUCUUCUGGGUUCAAGCUAUUUACUUUCUGUAGGAUAAUUGUUACUGUUGGGUUUCUUUUAAUUUGAGCUAACAAUUGCUUUGAUGCUAGAGUAGGUUGAUCUGCUUUCUUAUCUCAUCUGUCACAGGACUUUCUCAUACAACCUCCCAACCUCUGCCAUCAACAGCUACUUCCCAACAACAUGUAGUUCCAGCAGCGGCAGCAUCUACUUGGAAUCAAGCACAAACCCGGCCCCAGGGAAAUGACCUGGAUAUUCUGGACACUGGAGACAUACUGCCUCAUGUUGAUGGCCAAGAGGUUGAAGAAAUUUUUGCUGGUAUAGAAAGAGAGAUGACAAACAGAGUGUUUAAUUUUUUGGAUACUGACAUAAAUGACAGUGUUGUGGUGAGCAACCAAGAACAGUUUGCACCUUCAGUUUCUAACUCUACUGUAGCACACCAUGGUGUAGGUCUUCAGUCUGGUCAACACCCUGUGGCUGCCUAUGGCCAAGGUGUCACCAAUCAUGCCUACAAUACUGGUUCUGCCCAUUUCCAAGGUGUUCCUGGAGGGCCAGGAUAUCAACCUGCAACACACAAUCAAAUUGAUGGCUUUCCCAGUUCUGUUGUUUCAGGCCAACUUGGAUUUGGCCAAAGCAGUACCUUUCCAAGACCAGGUGACCUGGAUGACUUACCAAGGGAACGACGCAGACCGCCCAGUCCUAGAACAGACCCGCUAAAACAACAGCAGAAAUGGGAAGAGGAUGAGAAGCUUGGGGCCAUGGCAACUAUAUCACCAGUUCUAUACGCUAACCUUGAACAUGCCAACUUGAAGCAAGAGUAUCCUGGUAAGUCAGUGGAAAUUGGUAGGAAACAAAUGUGACCAUAGUUAGUGUACACAUAAUGUCAGUGUCUUUGUAGCUCACUGAAAUGUAGCAUUAAAAUGGUAACUCUGAGGUCUUUAGUCCUGAAUGUGUGUUGUGUGCAAAGCUGUAACAAUCAGUUCUUCAUUUAACUUUGUACGUGAUCACAAGGAGCAGAAGACUCAUGUUUGACCUUGAUUCCAGUUUUUGUGAUACUGCUGUAGUUGUGCAAAUAAAUGUGACCAAUUAUGCCCGUAACAGUGUUUCAAGACUAGUUGGACUGUUGUGGAAUGUCCCCAACUUUGACUGUCUCAGUAGGAGCGAUCAUUUUCACCUAAAAGAUGAUGUUGUGGAAAAGUGAAGGUUUCCGAAUGAGGCACAAAGUUUUAGGAUAAAAAAAGAUAUUUUCCAUGUAUGAUUUACUGAAAGUGGAUCCUGUUAGAUCCUGUGAGCCCACAGCCCUUAGGCCUGCAGUAUAGUAAUUUUCUUGGGUAAAGAAGCUGUAAUAAGAUGAUAAUGUUUCCGAAAUAAACCAUGGUCCAAGGUUUUACAAAUUUAACUCCCCUGGCCCUUGUGACGUGCAUAGAAAGCAAUCGUAUGUAUCUGUAUGUGCAGAUGUAUUUAACUGACAAAACCAGUGAUGUUUUGUUUACCCUUUUAAACCUUGUGUCAAAAUUUACAUUCUUAUUUGUUGCCCCGAGGCAUUCCUUUAGACGUGGUGGGGAGAAGUUGUUAACCUUGUGUGAUCUUUUCCUUAACUAUCUGACUACUUAUUUUUGUAGUACAUUGUUGUAACAAGGAGAAAUAUAGUGUUUAUCACUCUUUGGGCAUAAAGGUCUAAGCCGUGCCCCACCUUCAGCCAGCCACCACCCCUCCUCCCAACCCUACCUAUACCUGUGGUCCUUAAUAUGAAAUGAGCACCCAGAGUACCUAUACAAGUACGCGUAUUAGUUUGAUGUUCUUUAAGAGGUUAUUGCAGUGGAGUUAGUGUCAAUCAAGUUACUUGGCUAUUUCACCAUAUUAACUGAUGUUGAAACUUGUUAUUUAAGAAUGGGCUAACAGAUACAGAGCUAUCGCAAGAUUGUGGAGAAAGUUGUCAGUGGAGCAAAGGGAUCCUUAUCGGGUAAGGUUACUUAACCCAAACAGUUAGAGUUUGUUCUCUUGUGCUAAGUUAGCAGUAGCAAGAGUUGAUGAUACCAUACUGACAGUAUGUUUGGUCCAUUAAGCAUUUCUUUUUUUAAUUUUUUUUUUUAGCUGAAGGCAAGAGACAACCGUGUGCGGUUAAAAGAUCAGGGGAAAAAGGUAAAUAUUACUAAUUCAACGAACAAUAAAGAACAAGUUACCGACCUGUUUGUAGGGUUUCUUGUUAAAUUGUUGUUCUCGGCGUAAAUAGCCUGUUCACAGACCAACGUCUGUGUACAGGCUACGGCUUAAAAGGUAAAGACAUUCGGAUGGUGAGGAUAAGGUUAAAAUUUUUGAAAUGACACAUCCAACAUUUGUUUAGACAUCAUGCCAUUAGAGGCUGCUAAAAUCAUGUCAGUGAUUCUGUAUACAUUUUCCGUUAAUAGUUUGCAAAUAGCCCACGUUCGAUAUAUUAAAAUUCUAACUUGACACGGAGGCUUUAGGGACAAAAUUGCAAUUUUUUCAGCACUCCAUUGUCCCGCAAUUCCGAGAAGAGACUUAGACACAAAGAAAACCAAACCAAAUAUACAAAAAUGACCAGAAAGCCUCUGAGUAACGUUAGAAUUUUAAUACAUCGAACGUGGGUGAUAAACUAUAGUAAAAGGUGAGCAAGGCUUUGACAAUGUUGCAAAAUCAUACGUUCUCUCCAAGGUAAGAUCAAGUGUAUUCUUGCAAGAGUUGCAGCAGUAUUGUUGGAUGAAUAUGUGCCUAAAAUGUGGUACACCACUUACAUUAUUUCGCUGUAUUGGAAAUUGUGUUGCUAUCGUACCGUCCGUCUGGUCUUAAGCUUUCUUAGUAAUUCCACGAACUGACAUCCAUGCCUUUUUUAAUAUCGAUACCUAGUUCUUUUUAUUGGCGCCAUUGAAAUGUCACAAAAUUACUUGUUCGUUUAUUUUAGUUCGAAUUAUGUUUUACAUAUGGACUCCUAGGUAAUUCUUUGUGGUGAAAAGCUAGCUGGCUAGAUCGGUGUUUGAAGAAUUGUAAUUCAAUAGGUUUUAUAGCGACUUCAAAGGCAGUUUGAUGUUUUUUAGCACGGCAGAUUUGUUGACCUAGUUGUCUUUUCUUUCCCAGUUAAUUGCAAGAAAUGAUGAAAACUCAAAAGCAGAAGGACAGAAGCCAGCUCAAAAUAACCCUCAGCAGCAUCAGCAACAACAACUUCCUUCACAAGAGCAGCAGCAGACUCAGCUGCCACAACAGGAGCUGCAGCAAACACAACCGACACAACAGCAAGUGCAGCAGGUACCGCAGCAAAUGCAGCAGUCGCAGGAGCUCUCACAACAAAUGCUACAGCAGGUACCCCACCACUCACAAGACCCACGUCAAAGCCAUCAAUACGAGCAGUAUGUACCCAUGCAAACAAAUGCAGACGGCUCCCUGUUUCCAGUUACUUCUGUUAUGCCUGUGCCACUCACACCUACCACACCAGCAAGGUCAACUACUCCGGUGACUCCAGGCACUCCUGGAGCCAUGACACCUACCACCCCCACAACACCAACCCCUACCCAUGGUCAAGUGUUGAGCCAUUCACAGAUCGCACUAAGCCAUCCAGCAGCUGCAGUGAACCAUCCCCAGGGAGGAAAAACCGUCAGUUCCAAAGGUAAAAAAACUAAGGAGGAGAAGGAGAGGGAAAAGGAACUCAGAAAGCAACGGCUACGAAUUCAACAGGAACAAGAACGCCAGUGGAAAAUUCUCCAGCAAAGGAGAGCUUUGGAGCAGCAGCGUCAACAACAGCAACAGCAACAGGAAAACACCCUGCUAAGACAGGAGCUCCGGAAACAACAGCAGGCAAAAGGCACUAAAGGAACUGAUGAGCAGAAGAAAAAACGUUUACCAAAGGGUAGCAAGCGAGCUUCCUGUCAGGCGUCAAAGGGACAACGACAUGCUGAUCCAACAGUUUCCAACCUAGGUCUUCACGGAGAAAACUCUGAGAGAUCAUUUCAAGGCACUCAAGGCGUACAGCAACAAGUGCUACCGGUUGAAUCUUCGUUUUCUGCUGCACCAAGAGCGAAUGCUAAUGCUCUUGCAUCAUCUACCACACAACUUCAAAAUGAAUCGUCACAUGAUUUUUUGGCUCAUUAUGAUGGGCAAAGGGAUAAACCGUUCAAAGAAGGAGACAUUGACACAAGAGAAAGUAAUUGCAGACCUGAAAUCCCUACCCCAGUCACAGAUGAAUUACGUUCAGUGAAUGCAGAUGCUAGUCAGCGAUAUCAGGGACCAUUCAAUUGGCAAAAGGAGACCAUAGAAGAAACAGUACAGCAUACAGAUAGAGCUAUCUGGGAACAUCCUCAAGGUCACCACCAACUGGAACAACAAAGAAGACCUAGUGACCACGCACGUCAACCACAGGAAGCUGCAAGACAAAGUGUGUGGGGCUGUGAAGAUCUACAACCUGAAGCCAAUCGGGAUCAUUUGGGCGGCAACAACCUUCAGAACGGCACUGCUCUUAUUGAACAACACAUAAGGCCCUCUCAAGAAUCUCUUCAAGAGCAGGAACAGGUCGCUCAUGGCAACUUCAGUUCUCACGAGCAAUUAGCGUUUCAAGGUGAAAAACAGCAAUCUUGGUUACCUGGGUCUCAUGGUAACCCUACGAGGAUACCUGUAACACAGUCAUCGAUGCAAGGUCAACAGGUUGGUGGGGAAAAUGAGCAAAUAGGACAGCAACCUUCUAUCCCUGAUUCGAUUCAAGGUCUGCCUUAUCCAGUACAACAGGACGUGGCGUUGAAUUCUUCAGAACAGCACCACCAACAACCAAGUGUGGACCUUCAGCAGUCUUCUCAGCAAAUUGCAGUGAUGCACUGGCAACAAGAAUUGUCUCAAGUUCGGGCACAGGUAGCAGCUGCUGAUCUCCUCUCACCUCAAUCUAUCGCUCCCCAUUCAGCCCCUCCCCCUCCCCCUCCCCCUCCCCCUCCGCCGCCACCUUUGCCGGCGUCCCAACAGCAGCAACAACAAACAGGACCGUUGCAAGCCUAUGAAAUCAACACAGGGUGGCCCUCGCAGCAGGGACAAGUACCACCACCACCACCACCACCACCACAUGUACAUCCACAGUCAACUACACCUUUUUCUCAGCAACCUCAGCAACUACAUAGUGCUUCAAAUCUACAACCUGCAAUUUCACAGAUGCCGUUUCAACCUGUUCAGCAGCCUCCAAUCCAGAUAGCACCAAAUCAACUUCCUGCCCUACCGAUGACUGUCCAGUCUCAGGAAAACCAACUGCAUCAACCCCAGCAAGACGUGGCUCAGAGACAGCAGCGGGAACAACUCAUCCGAGCUCAACAGCAGCAAUUUUUCCAGAUGCUUCAACAACAACAAGUGUUGCAACAGCAACAGCAGCAGCAGCAGCAUCAGCAGCAGCAGCAACAACAGAGCACCGCAAUUCAGCCAGGAUUUGUGCGAGCUCGAUUUAAUCAAGUCGCAAACACAAAAGAUUUGCCUGAAAUUGAUACAGAGGAAGAACAUCAAGAAAGGUUGCGAUUCCUUUAUCGUCAACGCCAAGCACAGAAACAACAGCAAAUGCAGAUGCACGCGCAGCUGAUGCAGCAGGCUUGGAUCCAGCAGCAGCUAACAACUGCAAAUGGUCAAGGAGUUGUGCCUUCAGGGAUGAUACAAGUGGACACUUCCAACCCUCAGUUAAUGCAACAGUUUGCCCAGCAGAUGCAUCCUCAGAUGUCUGACGUAACACAGCAGCAGCUGUUUGCUGAAUAUCAACGACGAAUACAACAGCGCCAAGACUUAGGCAAACAAACGGUUCAGUAUGACAAGGUAUUGCAAGAAUUUCAGCAACAGCAAGGAAUAGCGGUAGGGGGUGCCCACCCUACAGCUCCCUUCAUCGAGGUUCCACAGCAGAGAUUUGCUGUAAGACAGCCUACUCCAAUGGUUCAGCCUGGUUUGAAACCUAUUAUCCCUUACGGACUUGAUGGCCAGUUUGUGGGUCAACAGCAGCAAUUUUACAAGAUGCAACUACAGCAACAGAUGAUGAUGCAACAACCAAAAAGUGAACUUCUCCAAAACAAUACUUCCCAGGCUAGUCCUUCAACAGGAAAGGUUGAUACACCGAAAAGUAAUGUUGAAGCCCAGGAUGAUUCCGGUGAGUCACUUAAUAGGUCUGGCUCUGUAGUUCAGAGUGACGCCAUUAAUGAUCCCCAAGAAAAUGUACAGUCUUCCGAGGAUCACUCACGCCAAAGAUGUGAAAAGACGGAAACAGAUACUGCGGAACACCAAGACAACCUGAAGAGCAUGAGUGACUCAACAACUGCAAUGGCUCCUGUUGCCACUUUUGAAGAAGAAGCGUCUGUAUCUCAUUGCAAGAGAGAUAAUCUUAGUGAUGAAGGUAGCGGUGAGCAUGACAUAGAAGCCACUGCUGAGAGCAAGAAAGGCACCAGUGGGAUAGAAAAAGAAACCUUGAAUUCCUCAACGGGUCCUGCAUUUGGAGAGGGAUGUGGUAAAAGAACCGGUGAAAUUGGUAACGAUAAUGGUAAGAAAAAAGGUGAUGAGGAUGUUGAACAUACGAAGGUUGAAGAGAAUGAUAAUAGUCACGUUGACGAAGAAGUUGUUGAAAAGGAACCUUCUAAUAGCAGAGAUGACCUUCCAAAUGAUACAUCCUCUGAUAUGGGGUGCAAAGAAGUUGCCAACACAAGGAGUUCUUCAGUGAAAGUAAAUCAAAGUAGCGAUGAAGCGCAAACAUCAAGGUCAGACGUUGAAGAAAUACAGAAGAACAAACUGGAGGAAGGUGAGGGCGCAAAACCGCUGCGUCAGCAAGAGUCAAAACUGUCAUCUGGAGCAGAAACAAUUCAUGAUACUAACCAAGCCCCUGCUCAGGCACUCCAUAUACCUAGCCAGGGAUUGCCAGUACCUCCUCCUCAACCCCAGCAUUUCAUUGUUCAGCAACAGUUCUUAGCAUUUCAGCAGCAGUUUCUACAAAUGCAACAGCAAAGGCAGGUUCUUGUUCAGCAGUACCAACAACUGCAACAACAACUGCACCAGGCAGGAGGGCAGGAUCCAGUGCUAGCAGCACAGGUUAUGACAGUCCAGUCCCAAGGACAAGUUCUUCAACAGCAAAUGGUCCAGGCCUGGCAACAGAUUCAGCUGAUCCAACAUCAACUGCAGCUCGCAGGUGCACCGAACCAACAGCAGUAUUCUGUCCAACAGCAGCAGCCACAGGCUUCGCAGCCUCAGUUAG